GCAUAAAUAGCAAGACUCCUACUGUCUUCUCUUGCAGACCAACGCAGCUGCCAGCAAAAGCAGGUGCUCUCCCCCUACCAGUGAUCCAGAGGAAAUAUUUAGGAAUGGAAAACCUGAUGUUUGUCUACCACUCCUGUAAAGUUAUCUGGACGUUACUUGUAACAAUACUAGGUUAUGCCAGCAGCUUGCCUGUGGGUGAUGAUUCUAUUUGCACGGCAGAGGAACUUGCUAAGUACAGCAUAAUCUUCACGGGGAAAUGGAGUCAGACUGCUUUCCCUAAGCAGUAUCCACUUUAUAGGCCCCCAGCACAGUGGUCAUCGAUGCUAGGUGUUACUCAUAGUUCUGACUACAGCAUGUGGAAAAAAAAUGAAUAUGCCAGCAAUGGUGUACGUGAUUUUGCUGAAAAGGGUGAAGCAUGGUUAUUAAUGAAAGAAAUAGAAGAAGCUGGAGAGAAAAUUCAGAGUGUACAUGGAAUCUUCUCUGCUCCUGCCAUUUCCAGUGGUACAGGACAAACCUCCACUGAAUUAGAAGUGCAUUCAAGACAUCCCUUAGUUUCAUUUGUUGUACGAAUUGUUCCAAGCCCCGACUGGUUUGUGGGUAUUGACAGCUUAAAUCUCUGUGAAGGAGACCACUGGAUGGAAGAAGUAUCAGUAGACCUAUUUCCAUAUGAUGCUGGAACUGACAGCGGGUUCACAUUUUCCUCCCCAAAUUUUGCCACUAUUCCACAGGACACAGUUACAGAGAUCACUUGUUCCUCUCCAAGUCACCCAGCAAACUCCUUUUAUUAUCCCAAACUGAAAAUUUUGCCACCAAUUGCUCAAGUAACAAUGGUGAAAUUAAAGAAAACCCAGCUGGGUCUUGUUGCACCUUAUCUUAAUCUGCCAGCUAAAAGCAAUGAAAUAAUAGACUCUGUUUCAGAAACACCGCUGGACUGUGAGGUUUCACAAUGGUCUUCCUGGGGUCUCUGUAGAGGUCUUUGCAGAAAAACAGGGACCAAGAUCAGAACUCGUUUUGUACUUCUUCAGCCUGCCAAUAAUGGAAUGCCUUGUCCAAAUCUGGAUGAAGAAACAGGAUGUGAACCAGAGAAUUGUGUCUGAAAUAAAGAAAAUAUAAUAAUUUAGAUAAUUUAAAAGUAGGAUAAGUUUAACUAAAUCUAAACUACAUGUCAGUCCAUGUUCCUUAUAAUUAGGGUAUGUUGCACUAUUUUACUGAAAAGGUAUAUUAGACUCGUUUUGAAAGUUGUUUAUUAUCAAGAUUUUGGGGGGUUAAAUUCCUAAGAUUUGGUAUGACAACGGUACUUGAUCAUUUACAGACCAAAAAACCCCAAAUAAAUCCUUGCUAUAAAUAUACUGUAAGUUCUUGGAGUACCCUCUAGUGGCAGAAAAGAAGACAUUUGGAAAGAUUCUACUUCACACGUGUAAAAAGCUUUCAAUCACAAAAUCUAAACUAAUAACCUUCUUAAAUACUGUAAUUUGUUGAUCUACAGCUAUUUAUACCUAGAAAUUAAUUUUUCUCUAAAUUAUGUGUUUAUAAUUUAUUGGCAUUUUUGUCAUCUUUCUAAACAUGUUUAACAUGCAUUUCUUCAGAAGAUACUUACAUAAAUAAGAAUAACCAGAUGUUUGCAGUGUGGUUAAGACAAUAGUAUAACUGAGUAAACUUGUCUCGAGACUUAUGAAUACAUGAAAAUGUCUUUUCCUGUUUUUCUCAAAAGUGAGAAGUAUAUCUGUCAUGAGGACACUCGGCCAAUAGAAUUACUAGAAAAAAACCAGAAAUGUGGAUACUAGUAGAAAAUUUCUGAACUUAAUUAAAAGUGUUAGCUGAGAUUUAAAAACUGACUGAUUGUUGGUGUGUGUUCCUCAUGAGACAACUAUCUCAAAGUUAGCACUGUUGACAUUACCUAAAUUAUAUCGUUGUCCUUAUAUAUGC